GUAACUUUUAUUCUAAAGUACGAAGUGGAAGAUGAUUGGGCCGCCGACCUUACGAAUGUCGUCAAAGAAAAGUGGGUACCACAACUAGAUCUGCUCGGGCAUCCAAAUUUACGCGCAUUCGUAUCGCACUGUGGCCAGAAUAGUUUGACGGAAGCAGUGUACCAAGGUGUACCACUCGUCUGUGUGCCACUGUUCGGUGAUCAGAAGCAUAAUACGCAGAAGGCAGUAAAGCGAAAAAUCGCUGUUCACGUCGACAAGAGUGAUUUGUCACCGGAUACACUGAAGCGUGCAUUCGGAAAAGUGCUUCACGACGCGAUGUACCGCAAAUCGUCGGAACGCCUACUUGAAAUGAUACGGCACAAGCCCUUCUCCUCACGUGAACGUCUGUUGAGGCAUGUUGAUUUCGCAUCGAAAUUUGGGCCGAUCGACAGUUUUGACAUCGCUGCCAAUGACUUAUCAUUUGUGCAGUACUAUUUGCUCGACAUAUUCAUUCCUUUGCUCAUUUUGAUUGCUCUCACCGCUUUCUUAUUACUUCGAUUACUCAUUAUUAUUGUGCGCAGGGUACUGGCGCAGUCAAAGGUAAAAAGCGAAUAG